AUGGGUCCUGAUGUUUGUCUCCUCCCCAGCCACGAUGGCCUUCCUCUUCGACCUGAAGGACUUGGUGGACCUCAUGUCCAUUGGCACUCUCCUGGCUUACUCUUUGGUGGCUGCCUGCGUCUUGGUCUUGCGGUAUCAGCCAGAGCAGCCCAACAUGGUGUACCAGAUGGCCAGAACGACCGACGAGCUGGACCCGGUGGACCAGCACGAGCUGUCCAGCACCAGCGACUCCCAGACGGGCAUUCUGCCGGAGGCGGAAAAGUUUUCUUUGAGAACCUUGCUCUCACCCAAAAACAAGGAGCCCUCCAAAAUCUCAGGGCUGAUCGUGAACGUUUCGAGCAGCCUCAUAGCCAUUCUCAUUAUCGUCUUCUGCAUCGUGACCGUGCUCGGAAAGGAGGCCCUAGCCCGGGGGGAGUUGUGGGCACUCUUCGUGCUCAUCAGCUCUGCCGUCCUCUGCUCAGUGGUCACCGUCAUUAUCUGGCAGCAGCCGGAGAGCAAGACCAAGCUCUCGUUUAAG